AUUGCUCUUAUAUAGGUGACGCCACAAACGCUCUUUUUUUAGAUACGUCAUUUUUCAUUUUUCAUUGUCAUUUCUGGAGAAAACAACGUCAACUGAAUGCACCUGUAUUUUAACAAAACAGGUUGAUGAUUAUAUAAAAACAAGGGAAAUCCUCUGACAUGGAUGUUAUUGAUGAACAUUUAGCCUGUGUGAAAUUAUGCCUGAUGUUAAAAAGUGUUUAAGUACGAUGAAUCGAAGGAAAAGAAAGUGGAAAACCGAACGUUGAAAUGGGGCAUUUCACCUUUAUUUACAUCUUGUGCCUCCUCGCGAACUCCGCUAUUUCCCAGUCAUUUAAAAAUAACGAAAUUCCCACAGAAGAUAUACUAGAAUCACCACUAUGCUGCAAUCUUACGGCAGAACAUGUAGAACUAGAUUACAGCUCCAAAAUUGUAGAGAAUGAGUACAUUGUUAUGUUCAAUGGUUACUACAAGAAUCAGGCCCGUAUAAAUUACAUAAACACCGCCCUAAACGCUUCAGGAAUCAGUAAUUGGAAAAUCAUAGAAAGAGAAAACCCUGCCAGCGACUACCCCAGUGAUUUUGAUGUAGUCAUUCUGACUGACACUGAUAAACUUGAAGGAUUAAAUGCUCUAAAUAGCCAUCCAGCAGUAAAACGAGUUACAGCACAGCGAAUGGUCUCAAGAACAUUGAAAUUCAUCAAUCCUGAGUAUGUUAGAUAUGGGCGGAAAAGUCUCAACUCAAAAAAUCCGUUUUGGCAAGCUACAGGCAGACACACAAGUAGACGAUUAUUAAGAGCUGUUCCUAGACAGAUAACAACAGUUCUUCAAGCUGAUUCUUUAUGGAACAUGGGUAUUACAGGAAAAGGGAUAAAGGUAGCAAUAUUUGACACAGGUCUUUCAAAGACUCAUCCACAUUUUAGAAAAAUUAAAGAGAGAACAAAUUGGACAAAUGAAAAAACAUAUGAUGAUGGCUUAGGUCAUGGAACAUUUGUAGCUGGAGUUAUAGCAUCCAGCAAAGAGUGCCUUGGGUUUGCACCAGAUUCCGAAUUGCACAUUUUUAGAGUCUUCACAAAUAAUCAAGUUUCUUACACCUCCUGGUUCUUAGAUGCUUUUAACUAUGCUAUUUUGAAGAAAAUUAAUGUGUUAAAUUUGAGCAUUGGUGGGCCAGAUUUUAAGGAUCACCCUUUUGUUGAUAAAGUGUGGGAAUUGACUGCAAACCGGGUGAUAAUGGUAUCAGCUAUUGGUAAUGAUGGACCGUUAUAUGGUACUCUAAAUAAUCCUGCUGAUCAAAUGGAUGUAAUUGGAGUUGGAGGUAUCAAUUUUGAGGAUCAAAUUGCCAAAUUCUCAUCAAGAGGAAUGACUACUUGGGAACUACCUCAAGGCUAUGGACGCAUAAAACCAGACAUAGUCACAUAUGGUUCAGCUGUUAAAGGGUCUCACAUUAAAGGUGGAUGUCGCACCUUAUCAGGCACAAGUGUUGCGUCACCUGUUGUUGCUGGUGCUGUCACAUUACUGUACAGUGGCGUACUACAUCGGGGUGAUGUAAUCAACCCUGCCAGUAUGAAACAGGCACUGAUGGCAUCAGCUAGAAGGUUACCUGGAGUGAAUAUGUUUGAACAGGGUCAUGGAAAAUUGAAUCUUAUGAAGGCAUAUCAGAUACUUAAUAGCUAUAAACCACAGGCGAGUUUGAGCCCUAGUUAUGUAGACCUGAGUGAAUGCCCCUAUAUGUGGCCAUACUGUACUCAGCCACUUUAUUAUGGUGCUCAACCUGUAAUUGUGAAUGUUACGGUACUAAAUGGUCUGGGAGUUUCAGGCAAAGUUGUUGGUAGGCCUGAGUGGCAUCCAUAUGCUCCACAACAUGGACGUUUGCUGGAUGUUGCUGUAUCAUAUUCCGAGCUGCUUUGGCCUUGGUCUGGUUGGAUGGCAGUACAUUUGUCUGUGGCAUCUGAAGGAGCAUCAUAUGAAGGAUUAGCCCAUGGUCAUGUUUCAGUCACGAUUGAGUCGCCUCCUGGACCCGGAGAACAACAACCCAGAAGAAGUACAGUUAACUUACCUAUUAGGGCAAAAAUUAUUCAGACUCCACCAAGACACAAACGUAUCUUAUGGGAUCAGUACCACAAUCUCAGAUACCCACCCGGGUACUUUCCCCGCGACAAUCUGAAGAUCAAAAACGAUCCUCUUGACUGGAACGGCGAUCACAUACACACAAACUUCAAAGAUAUGUACCAAAACCUAAGGAACACUGGGUACUAUGUCGAAGUACUUGGAUCUCCCUUUACGUGUUUCGACGCCUCCCAAUACGGUACUUUGUUGAUCGUUGAUCCUGAAGAGGAGUACUUCCCUGAAGAGAUCCUCAAGUUGAAGCGAGAUGUUGAUGCUGGGCUUUCAGUGAUCAUCUUCGCUGAUUGGUACAAUGUCACUGUAAUGAAAAAAGUGAAAUUCUAUGACGAAAACACGAGACAGUGGUGGAUGCCCGACACAGGUGGCGCUAAUGUUCCAGCCAUCAACGAUCUUUUAGCAUCUUGGAAUAUACAGUUAGGUAACAGGGUGUUGGAGGGGCAUUACAAGCUGAACGACCAUGAGAUGUACUACGCUUCGGGGACGAGUAUUAGGAAAUUUCCCAAGGACGGCAUUGUGGUGUCGGCGUAUCUGAAUGAUCAAGGAGCACAGAUUUUGGGCGACUCAAACACGUCAAAGCACAAAGUCGCUAUUUUGGGACUUUUGCAUACCAAAUCGACUGACAAAAGUGGCAGGAUAAUAGUGUACGGCGAUUCAAACUGCAUCGAUGCAAGUCAUCUGGAGACGCCUUGUUAUUGGAUGUUGGAUGCCAUGUUGGAAUAUACGUCAACGUCGCAUCUGCCUUCUGUCUUCAAAGAUAAUCAGAUGAACACCUGGGAGGGAGCAAUACAUACUGAGUUACCGAGUAGAAUGGAGGGAAACCGGUUAUAUAGGUUUUCGAAAAUUUUGGAAGGCAACCUGGGCGAAUCCCAAGCGAAACCGUUACCACAAUGUCCACAUCUCGUGUGGACGCAACCUAUACCUUUGAACGUUUCAGCGCCGAGCAACUUGUACCAAUCUCAGAAACUACUAUCGUUGAUAGAGGAAGUCAACGUGCAUCUGCCUAACGUUGAUAAUAGCAUUAAAGAUGCUUCUGGACACGAGAAGAAUGGCGAGUUCAUCGAAUGGAGCUGGAGAAACAAACCGACAACGCCGCAGAAUGGCAACAUUGGCGAUUUCGACCUCACCAUCACUUUCUUGGUGAUGCUGUCACUGCUCGUCAUCUACUAUAGCGUCAAAAUGUACAAGCCAAAGCCUAAAAAAAGGAAGAUUUGCAAACGGCUGCUCAACCUGGUGCAGUGCCGCAGGAUCUCGACCGUUUAGAUUAGUUUUUUUUAUAAUACUCCAAACAGAACAUUUCGUGAAAAUUACGUCGUGGAUACGAAGGUAAUCCCAAAAGUUAGAUCUCCUAUUUUUUAGGUACAAAAACCAUACAUUUAUUCCCGACAACUGAUAAUUUUGGAGCUUAAACGUUUAUCUAUUUUUCUGCGUAAUCGCUAUUCCAGUCGAUGUGUUUUUGUAGACUGUGUGGCAGUUUUUGUAUGCCCAUGUUAUACCAACUCGUUGCCUGGACCUUGGGAAAUCAUUGAACCUCAUGAUCCUCCAUGUUUGUCUGAGCCCUAUUCCAUUAAAAGUAUUGUGUAAUAAUUACAAGAGAAUUUAAUUAUAACUUGUACUAACAUGAGAUAGUGUAUUCCAUGUAUGUAUCAAAUACGAUAUACUAGUACUCCUAAAUAUUUUACAAGUUGCAAGACAUCUUCGCAAGUUGGGUGUUUAUGACCCAAAAAAUACAAGCAUGAUAUUCUUGUUAUUUCAAAUACAUUUGUUACGAGCGAUUCUAGUUUGGUAGAAAAAAACUAGCCCAAGCUUCUUGGUACAAAAAAGGGGUCAGAUGAUGAUAACAGACAUAUGGAGAAGAACAAAAGAUAUUUGAAAGAUGCUGAUUUUUUUUAAGUAUUAAGUUUCAUAUGGAAUUCAAAUUCAAUGAAUGGUAACUUAUGAGACUUGAGAUAUCAGCUAAGAUCAACAUCGAACUGUUUCUCGGACUUCCUUUGUCUAUAAAGCUUUUUGUUCAACCGUCAUCAGAAACGUCGUAAAACAAAAAACUGUAUAGACAAUGGAAGUCCGAGAAACAACAUCUCGAAGAUCAACAUCAUCAAAUACGGAAAACUGCACAAAUUCAGAUACUAAGUAGUUUUCAGUAGUUUUUAACUGGUUCAAUAAAUGCACUGUAAUUUUUCACGUUUUUUUUUAAUAAUACAAAAUAGAUUCGUUCCAAAAUAAUACUGUUAAAUACAUCACAACCUGAAGCGAUCCAUCCUCAGAUUCUUUUUUUUUUCAACUCUAUCUUCUCAUAUUUAAGUGGCUUUUCUUCCUACAUUAUUCGAACUAUGUCGGGGAGUUUCUGGUUCCUCCAUGUCGUCUCAAUACGGUCCUCAAAACUAUCGUAUUCAAUUAUCGGCCGACGAGGAAGUUGUUCUAAAUUAAGCCAAAAAGUAUCUCGGAAACACUAACACGUCUCUCUUCGGAACGAUCUUACCGGAAAUCUUUUUCUUUUAAGAUGAUUAUAUCCCUAUGCAUGUGUUCUUUGUUAUUUUGUGACUAAAUCUACUGAUUCUGUGCUUCAUUACAUUUUUACAAAUAAACAUACUGACGAUAUGUCAUUUUGAUAGUGCUGUAAUUUGUAGGGGUUACGCAUACAGACGGUGAUAUAUGGAAGAAAAUAUUAUUUAACCAUAUUGAUAAGUGCUUGUACUUGUCAUUUACUAGUCUGGUAUUGUUAUGGAAUAGGGCUCAGUCACUAAAUGAAAGCACAUAUGUUUAAAAUACGGUUUACUGUUUUUCAAGAAUUGUCAUUCGUACUUGAAAAAAGCCAGCUUGGUGGUGUAAUUCAAAUAUACACCUAUGUUUCUUCUAGCAGUCAAAUAAACAUGAAGCAUUAUGGGCAUGAAAACCACAGGAUAUGUUUCAAGUGUAACAUUGAACUUCAUCUUUCACAUCCUCGUCGAAACUGAAUCCACUAUAGGGUAGUUAGGUGAUGAUCUCCAAUCCAAACUAUUGCAGCAGAGCAGUUGUUCAACCGGUGACAACGGGUGGUGGUUCGUUCUUCAGUUUUGAAUUGGGCGUUGGAGUUUUUUUCAGCGAUUCUCAGUACCUACUACCACCUGUUUCCUAAAUUGAAAAAGCACAUUUGCCCGAAAAGCGAUUCAAUUCCAACGACGAUAAGAAAUAUAGGGUUCCGUGCUUUCUCAAGUACUUGGCGGCGACCUAGUAUGACAUUGGCCUACAAAACGUCUACAAAAAUGUAUCGGCCGGAAUGGUGAAUAUGUAGAAAAAUAAACUAAUGUUUGAGCUUUAUAAUGGUAUGUGUUAGAAGUGAAUGGUACUUAGCUAGGGAAAUGGCGACAAUUCAGAUCUGAUGACACAUUUAUGCACAUUUCUUGUCGCUUGACAGUGUCACUCUAUAAUAGCUGAUAUGCGGUAUGCUUAUCACAUAAAAAAUAGCAAUCUGACAGCUAAAUUCGCACUAGGUACUACCUUCUUCGCAUAGCCUCACACCAUCAGCGCCACCUAUAGAGAAAUGAUGUAACGGCCGUUUUACUAAUAUUUGCCUAAACUACUGGAACCCGCAUUUCACUAGCGUGACUUGUGAGUUGUGGGCGCUUAGAAUAUUUUGUAGGAAGAUACAUUUGGCAGUCGACUGCGAUGCGCGAGAGGCAUAUGCUGUCCACGAGUCGGAAAGGGUUCAAUUGGGUCAACAAAAUAGUUGCAAUUUGACAUCACUCAGAAAAAGAGUCACCCAUACGACGUACAUUGACAAAAAUCGUAUGCCUAAAUUGGACUUUAGAUUUUGAAAUAAAUCUGUUGCAGUAGCGAGAAAGAAAGUAUUCUUGACUAAGAGCUUUUUUGAGUUAAGAGUACUGGUUAAAGAAAGCGUUUUUCCUCUAAACUGCCACUAGGAGCUGUAGAAGAGAACUAAGGUAGGCCAGUAGAGAUGUAAGGUAGUCCAGUAGAGAUUCCAGAGUUGACACUGCAGUCUUUAAGACCUCGACAUACUUAAUUCAAGAAACGACAUGUAGUAACACUUUUUAUAAUGUUGUCAAAUUAUCUCGUAUUUAAAGCCGCACUAAAUGUUUUUACUACUAAACAAAGAAACCUGUACUAUAGUUCAUUUAGUCAUAGGCUCAAUUACUCUUUUUCCUUCAGCUAUUUCAUCAAUAAUACUUCAUUUAUAUACAUUAUUGGUUUUUACAUCUAGCAAUCAGUAAUUUUAAAUAUUUUCUAAUGAUAUGGUACGAGCUAUUACUGCUUAUAACUAAUACUAGUUAUUGGAAAAUGCUUAUAGAUGAACUCUGAUUGAAAAAAGACUACGCAAACAUCCAAAUUAUAGGUUAUGUUGUAUCAUUGACUGAGCUUUAAAUUUAUAUAAGGUAUAGGCAACGUUGAAUUGAUUUUUUUAUUUAUCAUUUUUUAUUUAUUCUUUAUAUAUUCACAGUGUUUGUUUCAAUAUCAAAAUAAGUCAAUUUAAUAUAGUUGAUAGGUUUUUUAAUAGUUGUAAAUACACUUGUAUAGUAGUUAUAAGAUUCUAAUAAAACAUCGAAAUUCUACAUUUUUUUCAAUAACGCUGUUGGAAACGU